AUGCUGCCUUCGCCGCAUCUGCUGGAUAUACAUAUUCAAGAGACACACGACUCUUUCUUUGCUGUGAUGUCCGAGCGAAAACCUUCGUUCUGUUGCUACAUAGAAGAAUGUAAAGAGAAAUUCCAGACUUCUGAUGAGCGAUUAAAUCAUUGUGUCGAAGUUCACAAACUUCCAAAAGAUUUUAGAUUUGAACAAACACAUAAAAAAGCCAAGAAAUCCAAACAAAAGAAGACGGACAAUAGUAUGGAUGUGGAAGAAGCUUCAAGUUCUAAAGUUGAUUAUUCGAAGUUUAAGUUCACAAAUAGUAAGCAGAAAGGAUUUUCUAAGUAUACUGGAAGAUUAUUUACUGAGAAUGAAAAAGGUUCAACAUCUUCAGGCGUAGACAUGGAUCAAGUAAUGGAGGAUUUGAAAACAAAUUUGCCCGAAUAA